GUGAACGAAAAAAGGAAACACAAAGGAACUGAAACGGAACUCACGCUUGCCCGGGACGCCGGACGGCAAUAAAUGUUGUUCCCAGCCGCAUUCAAGUCACAAACCCCCACCCAUCUCGCCAUUUAUCUUCCCUCUCUAUCGCGUCUCUGAGAUCCUCUGAGGUGUGGUCUGAUUUCAGGGGUUUCGAGGAAGAUGGGAGGGUGUUGUAGCAAAGAGGAGGUGAGGCCGGGAGGACUUCAAUGCAAAGCAGAGGAAGAAAUUUUUGAUGGGAAGGAGGAGGAUGGAGGAUGUGUGAGGUUGAAAGGGUGGUGCACCUUUGCAUCCAUGUACACGCAACAAGGAUGGAAGGGUGUCAACCAAGAUGCAAUGACCAUCUGGGAGGAUUUUGCUGGUGAGAAGGAUACAAUCUUUUGUGGUGUCUUUGAUGGACAUGGCCCCUUUGGUCACAAGAUUGCCGGCUGUGUUCGGGAUGCCCUGCCAACAAAACUCUCUUCAGAUUUUAUGUCAUCACAAUUCUUUGAUCAUGGCAACAAUGAUGGCAAUCUCAAUAAAAACAAUGUCCAUGGAGAUGACAGCGAUGACUCAGACCGCUUCCAUAAUGUUAGUGAUGAUUCCCAACAAUGUUUGUCCUCAUGGAAGACCAUCUUUGUUAAGGCCUUCGAGGAAAUGGAUAGAGAGCUCAGCCAACAAGCUAGCAUCGAUUGCAUUUGUAGUGGAACCACGGCAGUAUCCAUAGUUAAACAGAGGGAACACUUGAUAAUUGCCAAUUUAGGAGAUUCUCGUGCUGUUCUUUGUACCCGAGAUGAUGGAAACCGACCUGUUGCUGUUCAACUGACGGUUGAUCUAAAACCCAAUGUUCCAAGUGAGGCCGAAAGGAUCAAGAAUUGCAAGGGAAGAGUUUUCGCUCUUGAAGAAGAACCAGAUGUGCAUAGGUUAUGGCUGCCCAAUGAGGAUACUCCGGGCCUUGCCAUGGCAAGAGCUUUUGGAGAUUUUUGCCUGAAGGAUUACGGGCUUAUAUCCACACCCCAGGUUUCUUAUCGGAAGCUUUCAGAGAAGGACGAGUUUGUGGUCCUUGCAACUGAUGGGGUAUGGGAUGUCCUAUCAAAUGAGGAAGUUGUAAAGAUAGUGUCAUCAGCCAGUAAACGACAUGCUGCUGCUAAGCAAUUAGUAGACCGAGCAGUCCGAGCCUGGAGACGCAAACACCCGACCUCUAAGGUCGACGACUGCGCCGUUAUAUGCCUCUUCUUGAAUCUCCUUCCCACAUCAACCAUGCCAACCAUCGAUGCUCACAGAAGCAGCAGAAAAUCUCGUGAAUUAUCAUUCUCUGAAAGCUUCAAAACAGCAAGAAGUGGGGAAGUCUCCGGCUUGGAUGAUGAGAGCACUGCAGGUUCGAAAGAAGAGUGGACUGCUCUCGAGGGUGUCAGCAGAGUGAACUCAUUGUUGAAGCUUCCCCGGUUUGCCAGCGUAUUGAGCUGGCGUAAGAGAUCGGUGAAACUAGAAGAGCAGGACAUGCCACCUUCACCAAAGAUCUAGUUUUUAUCCUUCAUUUGAUUAUAUACUCGAAGAUGAAUUCAAUCCACUGCGCAAGCAAGCGCAAUCACGAGACAGGCAUGGCCCUCCUGUGCUCGGCCAACUUAUGCUCAAUAGGGCCAGAUCUUUACACCAUCUGCUCUACCAAAUUUGAGGAACAACGAAAGAAAAACACCUUAUCAGCAUUAGCAUCUUCCAUCCCAAUGUCAUUCCCCAUUCUUUCACAGCAUGCUCUGCUUUGUAUCAGCAAUGGGCUUAGGAAGACAACGGCAAUGUAGCUGGGAUUCUUAUGAUCCUUUGAAAGUAAAUGAAUAUACCCAGCCUUCUAUUGGAAUCUCUUGGGAGGCAAAGGACUUGGAUGUUUUAUCA